UAAUGUAGAUAUGCAGCUAUGGUGCAAGAGAAAUUUAAAGUAAUCAUCGGUGUCCAAUUGGUAUCCAGUACUCUAGUAGUGUGUUUUAUCAUGUAUAAAUUAACAAACACACCAAUGAGCUCGAAAUACCUGCAAUUCGUUCUCUACAUGGCUUGCAUGAUGUCACAGAUAUUUUUUUACUGCUGGUAUGGAAACGAACUCAAAUUAAAGAGUGUCGAGAUGGUGGAUGCAAUUUCUGAAAUGGAUUGGAUAUUACUCGACAAGAAUAAUAAGAAGAACUUGAUAAAUAUAAUAAGGAGAGCACUGAAUCCAAUUGAAAUAUCCAGCGCAUACAUGUACACGAUUGAUUUGGACACCUUCGUGAGCAUACUGAAAAUGUCUUAUUCGGUGUACAAUUUACUUCAAAGGACGAAAGAAUCAUAGAGUAAAUAAUUAUAUAGUUGUAUAUAGGAUAUGAUAUUUUAAUAUUAAAUUGUAUCUUCUAAUGUUCUAUUCACAGAUGUUUCU